AGUAGAAAAUAAACUUUAAAAAGUGGAUGCAAAAAAAUUGAUUCGCUUUAAUUUUUAUGAAUUUUUGCUACUAAAAUAGUUCCUUAUUGUUUAUUUUAUGUUUUAAAGUGAAUGUGAACACAGUGUGACAAUGGAUAAUAACAAAAUUUUAGUUUGUGAAACGGUUUUCGCGUAAAAAUCAGCAGACGCCACUGCGGUGCAGCUCGACAGACGCCUCCACACCCCGCGCAAGCAUCCACAACCUCUGCCUGAACGAUGGAAGUGAUGGACAUGAGCUGCGAUUACGAUCUCACCGUAAUUUGCAGAUCGUGCCGGAAGGAACACCCCAACCUGCAAUCGAUAUUCGACAACAUGCAGGGAAAUGGCGUUUCGCUGCAUGAGAUGAUGUCCGUUUGUACGCAACUGCAGAUCUACUACAACGACGGGAUGCCCCAGCACUUGUGUCCGCCGUGCGUCGGGGACAUCAAUACGGCUUACGGAGUGCUCAAGCGAUCCGAGCAGAGCGAUCGCUUGCUGCGGGAGUACAUUUCCCGGAGGAAGAUGGACGGGUCGUCGGAGCUGGAUGGGGUUGUGAAAGUGGAGAUGUUCGAAAUUAAGCCGGAUAUUUCGCUGGUGGAUGCGGAUCCACUGAUCGGGGAGAAGUGCUUUGCCGUGGCGCUGGGCGACGGCAUCCAAGAGGUGGAUGACGCGGACGAAGGAAUAAUUGAGGCGUUGGAUGACGAUGGGGAUGAUGUCGAUCGGGAGGACUUCGGAGGGGACAAUGACCGCGAUAGCGACCUUGACUACGAGGUAGAAAACCUAGAGGAACUGAUCGAGGAAACGGAAUUGGAAGAGGAAAGGCCAAGGAAGAACCAAACCCGUGGUAGGAAGGGACACGGCUAUACAAGGAUAGCAGGUGGGAAGUUUGCAUGCGAUUCCUGUGAUAAGGAGUUCACGGAUAGGCGUGGAAUCACGAAUCACGUGAAGCAGCACGAACCGAAGGAGGUGAAACUGAAGGAGUGCCCGACGUGCGGAAAAAUCUUCACCACCGCAUACCAUCUGUCAAGGCAUGUUAAGGUUCACGAUGAAGACGUUCAGUGCGAGCACUGCGAGGCGAAAUUUACCAUUGAUAGUUAUGGCGAGUAUGUGCAGCAUAUGGAGCAAGAGCAUCCAGGGAAGGAACCGAUUCCGCAAAAAAAUAUAAUAAAUCAUGACGUUGAGUAUGAUCCGGACAGGCCGUUCCGUUGCGGAAUAUGUCGCAUAGGGUUCACCCGGCAAACGCAUGUCAAUCGUCACAUGCUCAGCCACAGUUCGGUUAUGCAGUACGAAUGUGACCUUUGCAAUAGAAAGUUCCACCGAAAGGACAAUCUGCGGAAGCACAUGCAGACUCAUACAGGAGAGUUGAAAUCUGCGGUGACGGAACCUGUGAUUCCAAACAUAAAAAUGGAAGAAGGAGGAGAAGAAGGUGCUGCGGUGGCGAAACAGGAGGAAGCAUUUGCAAAACUGUGUCCAAUUUGCGGGAAGAGCUUUGGCAGGUCCUAUCACUUGAAUCGGCAUUUGAGACUGCAUGCUACAAAACCGGAGUUCUUCACAAAGAAGAACAGCAUGCUGGUUAAGGUGGCCGGAAUAGAACACGUUGGUGGCCGUCUGAAGAAGAUCGUGCGAUGCACCAUUUGUGCAAGAGCCUUUGGAAGAUCUUACCAUCUGAAAAGGCACAUGAAGCAGCAUGGAAUCGACGCUUUUCGGGCUGGUCCAUCGAAGGAGCAACAGCAGAUCGAAAAAUACGAAAAGACCGAGCGUGAACUGGCGGACUUAGGGCUAUCUCUAACGGCCGAAAUGGUGGCCGAACGAGGGAAAAUGGAAGCUAUCUGUCGGAUUUGUGACACCACGUUUGAUCGGAUAGCCGAGCUGCGGAACCACCUUCGCACCCACGCGGAUCCGAAAUCUUUCGCCGACAUCAAUAUCCACACUAAGCCAUAUCUAUUUGAGGACGGUUACGUACAGGAGAACUAUCUGGACUACCUGGUGCAACAGGUGUGCAAGUGGGACGUGCUUCGGUUCCAUCAAAUCGUGGAUCCCGACGGUGAGGAAUUGGAACUGAGUGAUUCGGAUUCAGAACCGGAAGAGUCGGAACAAUGCAUCGAAGGAAUCAUUCGCCGAGAGCACGUUUGUGGUCUUUGCAAUCAGAGUUUUAGUAGAAUAAAGCUCAUUAUGAAUCACGCUACGGAGCACCACAACCCGGAAGAACUGUUUGCUUGCAGGCAUUGUUCCCGUGGAUUUCCUAGCACCGAACUUCUACUGCGUCACGUGAAACAGCAAUGCCAGAAUCAGCACAAGAAGUUUCUGUGCACGUUCUGUAACGAGAAGUUCAUGUGGCAGACCAGUUUGAACAAGCAUGCCAAAGUGAAGCACAAACCGGCCCGGCCACUGUGGAUCAAGGCCGAACCGGGCAGCGGCGAGGAGGAGAAGAAGUACGUCUGCCAGGUGUGCUGCAAGGGUUUCCAGCGGCUGGAACACCUCGAGCGGCACAUCAAGAUCCACAUUCCGUCGGAGAAAAAGUUCGAAUGUACUCAGUGCCAUAAGAAGUUCAACCGGAAGGACAACCUCCGGUCGCACAUGAAAAUCCACAAGAAGAAAGCCGACGAAGAUCCGACCGAAAAGCAGAACCAGCUGUGUGUGUACUGUGGCCGGGCGUUUUCCAACUCGUCCAAUCUGAUUGUGCAUUUGCGGCGGCACACGGGAGAGCGACCGUACAAGUGCGACAUUUGCGAUAAGGGCUUCCCACGUUCAUCGGAUUUGCAGUGCCAUCGGAGAACACAUACCGGCGAGAAGCCUUGCUUGUGCACCAUCUGCGGAAAGGGAUUCUCGCGAUCGAACAAGCUUGUUCGUCACAUGCGAAUUCAUACCGGAACGAGACCAUAUGCCUGCACUUACUGUGACCGCUCUUUUACCCAAUCGAACGAUCUGACCCUGCACAUUCGACGCCACACAGGCGAAAAGCCUUACGUCUGCGGAGUUUGUAACGAACGAUUCAUUCAGGGAACGGCCCUCAAAGCUCACCAGCGGAUAACGGGUCACUUCGACGAUGGCACGACCCAACCGGAACGGUUCGCCAGCAUCAGCGUCAAUAAUCCGAACCGAGUGGAAAACAACGGUCCCAAAGCCGUACGUAAAAGUCCGGGUGCAGCGACCGCCGACGGUAUCCCCAAAGCGGUCAAGCCAGUCAAGUCACGCAAGAAGACCAAGCCCUCGUCGACCAGCAGUACCGCCGUCGCUCAACAACCGCUGAUCAGCGAACCUCCGCCGGCAACAAGCGUUGUCACUUCGCCGCCCACGUUGACCGUUAGUUCGGCACCGACGUCGCCGGGUAGCGAAAGCACCACCACCGGAGGAAGACCUCAUCCGCAUCCUUCCGCAGCGCUGGGGCUGAACAACUUGGCCGGUAAUCCACACGGCUACGUCCCAGUGCCGUACAUCAUGCAGAACUACGAUCUCGCCUCGACGGGACUGUUCUCGCAAAAUUUUAGUCAACAAUAGGAGCGGUCCCUUCUGUAAUUCUCUACUGUCUGAUUCUACUAUUUGCGUGUAAUCGUGUUGCAAGGAUUAUCAUCGAUAAUAAUAAAAAAAAACUGCUAAACCAGUAAAAGCUUCUAGCUUAAAA